AUGUCUUUUAGACAAGCAAGAAGAUUUGGCCAAAUCGGAGUCUGUUCAGCCUUGGCGCUGACUCUGGGAGGCCUCUAUAUACAAACCGCACACAACGAGACGUUUGUGGACUACAAGAGCAAGUUCCCGCCCAUCGUGACCGACGUAGAAAAGCCCCCCGCAAGAAAAGACUUGCUGGAAAAACUGGGGAAACCUGUCACCAGUCCGGCCGAAAAUUUUUCCGCCAAGGACGCCGCCGCCAAGUUUGACCUGAUCAUCGUCGGCGGAGGCGCUACUGGUACCGGCGCCGCCUUGGACGCCACCCUUCGCGGCUUGAAUGUUUUGUUGGUCGAAAAGAAUGACUUUGCUUCUGGAACGUCCUCCAAGUCUACCAAGAUGGCCCAUGGAGGAGUCCGGUACUUAGAAAAGGCCAUUUUCCAGCUUUCCAAGGCCCAGCUGGACCUUGUCAUCGAGGCGUUGAAUGAGAGAGCGUCCAUUCUCAACAACGCGCCUCAUCUAGCUCACUGUCUUCCUAUUGCCAUCCCUGUUUACAAGUACUGGCAGAUGCCGUACUUUUAUGCUGGUUGUUUGCUGUAUGACCUCUUUGCCGGUUCCCAGAACCUGAGAUUCUCCUACAUUAUGACCAAGAACCGUCUUCUGGACAAACACCCACAACUGGACCCUGAAGGUCUUGUCGGUGGACUUGUUUACCACGACGGUUUAUUUAAUGACUCGCGGAUGAACGUCACUCUUGCCUUGACUGCUAUCCACAACGGUGCCACUGUGUUGAACUACAUGGAGGUCAAGCAGAUCUUGAAGAACGAGGAAGGAAAGAGCAAAGGUGUGCGCGUUGUGGACUGCGAGACCAAUAAUAUAUACUUGGUUGCAGCCGAUGCCAUCGUCAGUGCGACAGGCCCUUACUCUGACGCACUGUUGUCUAUGGAUGAGUCGCCAUCCGGCCUGCCAGAUCCUGAAAUUCUGAAGCACCCAAAGAUGGUGGUUCCUUCUGGAGGUGUUCACAUCGUUCUUCCAGAAUGGUACUGUGCCAGAGACAUGGGACUUCUCGACGCCUCCACAUCCGACGGACGUGUGAUGUUUUUCCUGCCUUGGCAAGGAAAAGUCUUGGCAGGAACCACUGACGUUCCCCUAGAAAAGAUUCCGGAAAACCCUGUUGCUACAGAGGUUGAAAUUAAUGAUAUUCUGAAAGAGCUGCAACAUUACGUCAAAUUCGAGGUUAAGAGAGAAGAUGUCCUGAGUGCCUGGUGUGGUGUCAGACCGCUUGUCCGAGACCCUAAGAAGGUGCACGCAGGUAACAUCAACUCCACCCAGGGACUUGUUAGAAACCACUUGAUUUAUCACUCACCUAAUGGACUGAUCACCAUCUCUGGUGGUAAAUGGACUACUUAUAGAGAAAUGGCAGAGGAGGUUAUCAACGAGGUCAUCAAGGACACUCCCGAGUUCCAGACCAAACAGUUGAAGCCUUGUUCCACCAGACACCACAAGCUAGUUGGAGCCGUCAAUUACGACGACUCGUUGUCUGCUAGAUUGGCCCAGCUUUAUAAACUGACGGACAAAAUGGCCAUCCAUCUGGCCAGCAACUACGGAGACCGUGCUGCCAUGAUUGUUGGUAUGUUCAAGGACCCUCAGAAUGCCGAGCCUUUGGGCCUGACCAACCCGCCAACCUAUGCCAACUUCGAUCAUCCGUUCACUAGAGCAGAACUACGUUACGCAAUGGCGUAUGAGUACGCCAGACGGCCGCUGGACUUCUUGGCCAGACGGUGUAGACUGGCCUUUUUGGACUCCAAGAUGGCGCUCCAAUGUGUUGACGAAGUUGCCGACAUAAUGGCCGAGGAGUACGGCUGGAGCAAGGAGGUCAAAAAGCAAUACAUCGACGAGGCAGUCCACUACAUUGAGCACAUGGGAUUGGAGCCCAAUGUUGAUCCAUACGGAAAGUUAUAA